UAGUCAUUAUGUCAUAUUGACGAUCAAAUUUUAUGGAGACGGACGAUAUGUUCCUCCAGUUUGAGGAGGAUUUAGAUAACAUUGCGGGAGGGUCGUCAUCUGUGGGCGACAAUACGGGGUCUUCUUCUCAACAAACAACUCCGACUCCUAGGAGACGUGCGCAGUCUCGACUCUUGGAGUUAGAGCGCCACGUUGCAAUAAAUGGGCGCAUUCCGAUGACGAUCGUCCCUGGAGCGGAGAAGCCUAUUUCUCCACACGCCGUUCGCUUCAGCCAGGCGAUAGGCGUGUGCCUGCGAAAGACAUUUCCCGUCCGCUGUCUUAAGUGGGCGGACGUUGGGAGAGAAUACAUUGAGGUCGUCAAGGGCGACCUCCAGCGAUUAUUUGUGCUUGAUUUCAAUGAUCAAGCAAUGAACAGGUUUGUUGAGCAUCAGAUGCUCACGACCUUUAAAGAGUUCCGAGCCGACUGUCAUAGACAUUUCAAAAAGUACAGCGACCUAGAGGAGGCUCGUGUCAACCCACCAAACGCAUUGGUUGGACGUGAUGAGGAUUGACACUUCCUCUGCGACCAUUAUAUCAGCCGUGCAUUCCAGGUAUUUGUCAUGAUUAAUUAUGAUAACAAGUUUUAAUAUGUAUAAGAAAUAAACAAUAUAAUUGUUUUAAUGCAGGAGCAAUC